AUGGGCGUGUUGUCCACCUGGGAUGAUACAAUACCAAGCCUGUCAACGCUGAACAUGAGUGCAGUCGGGGAAAGCCCCCUGGACCCGGCCACGCCAGAGUCACGCAAGCGGAAGGGCUCGCCAUGUGACACGUCAGGCCAAAGUGUGGAGAAGCGGAGGCGAGAGCUCGAGUGCCACUACAUCGAGGAGCUGGCGGAGCUGCUGUCGUCAAACAUGAGCGACAUCUCCAGCGUGAAACCGGACAAGUGCCACCUCCUUAAGAGCACCGUGGACCAAAUCCAGCAGAUCAAGAGGCGCGAACAGGAGAAAGCAGCUCUCAUGUCUCCAGACGACGAUGUGCAGAAGAGCGACAUCUCGUCCAGUAGUCAGGGGCUGAUGGAGAGGGAGGCGCUGGGGCCAAUGCUGCUAGAGGCCCUAGACGGGUUUUUCUUUGUUGUCAACCGCGAAGGCCGCAUUGUGUUUGUCUCUGAGAACGUGACAAGUUACCUCGGCUACACGCAGGAAGAGCUGAUGACCUCCAGCGUGUACAGCAUCCUCCACCUGGGAGACCACAACCAAUUUGUGCGCAACCUGCUACCCAAAAGUCUUGUCAAUGGUGUGCCAUGGCCGCAAGAGCAAGGCCGGCGGAGCAGCCAUACGUUUAACUGUCGCAUGUUGAAGAGGCCUCCAGACGAAGUGGACACAGAGAACCAGGAGGCGAGACAGCAGUACGAGUUCAUGCAGUGCUUCACCGUGUCCCAGCCCCGACCUCUGCAGGAGGAAGGAGACGACCUUCAGAGCUGCCUGAUCUGCAUAGCGUGUAGAGUUCCUCGGCCACAGCCCAUCACAGAGUCCUUCAUCACCAAACAGGACCCCACAGGGAAGAUCAUCUCCAUAGAAACUAGUUCUUUGAGAGCAACCGGACGACCAGGCUGGGAGGACUUGGUCAGGAAGUGCAUUUAUGCUUUCUUUCAGCCGCAGGGCAAAGAGUCCUCGCACGCAAAGAAGCUGCUGCAUGAGGUGAUGACGCAUGGCACAGCUGUGAGUCCGCUCUACCAUUUCACUCUGAGCGACGGCACCCCGCUCAGCGCUCAGACUCGCUGCAAGUUUUGCUGCCCCCCAAACCCAGACGUUCAGCCCUUCAUCAUGGGCGUUCACACUAUUGACAGGGAACACAACACUGCUAGCUCUCAGGAAAACACUAACCCCAGCCUUCCACUGUCCCAGGACAGUAAUCCCCAAACAGCCUCUCGGUCCCUGGCCCCGCCCCCCAGCAGUAACUCAUCCCAAGGCUCAGGCCUCACCACUUCGGGCCUUCACCCAAACAACAGUAAUGCCUCAUCUCAUGGACAGAGCCCAGCCACGCCCACAGGGUACUUGACCCCCGUUCGGACGCAGCAGGUCAAUAGCCCCUCCCCUCUUAGUAGUCCACUCACAACCACCCCUACCUCAUUUAAGUCGCCCCGGAUGCCAAGGGCCAGUCCUGGGCUUGGGGGAAGCCCUCGAGUUCCAGGGAACCCUUUCUCUCCUUCCACAGCGGGCCUUCACUCCCCUGUGGGGGGCUGGAGCAGCGGUACCAGUGGUGGGACGGCUGGGGGCUUCUCCAUGUCAUCCCCUGUUCAGAGACAAGCAAGUACCGCUGCCACCUCGUGUCCCCGGCCUUCUUCUGCCAAACCCUCAGAAGCAGCGGACGUGGGGGCUGAGGACCCUACGUCACCGGAGGGUAACCCUCGGCUCAACCAGCUCCUGGACAGUAACGGCACAGGGGCUGAAAGCAACAGUGCUUCAACAACCCACCCCGUCCCGCAAUGUCCUGCCUCUCAUAGUACUUUGACCGAGAGACACAAAAUCCUGCACCGCCUGCUCCAGGACACCAGCCCCAACGACUCCUCCAGCGCCACAGAGGACAGCGGUAACAGAUCUGAUGUGGAGAUCAAGAAGGAACCCACCGCUUGCCCCGCUCUUGGCUCAGGGACCACCAAAUCCAGCUCCAAAGAGCCACAAGACCACCAGCUGCUGCGCUUCCUCCUGGACACAGACGAGAAGGAUUUGGGAGAUCUGCCGCCUCCUUCAGCAUUGAGCCUACAGACGGUGAGGGUGAAGCUGGAGAAGAGAGCAAGUGAGUCCGAGUCUUGUCCAGGACUCCCUCCUUCAGGGGGCUCCUCCACCUCCAAACCUCCAGCGGGGACCACACCCAGGUCCUGCAUCAGCCCCAAGGCCAGCCCCCGAGAGAGACGCAAAGACAGCAGAGACUCUAUGAGUUCUGCUGGUGUAGUGGACGUGGAUCCUCUCCAGCUGCUCCCCAGCCUCAAAACAACUGGAGCCAAAUCGAGCUCUGAGGAGUCUGAAGCAGGCCCCCAGAGCCUGCCUCCUCUUCAGUCACUGUCCCCCCAGAUGCACUCCCCCUCCCCUCAGCUUAAGCUCCAGUCCCCGUCCCAGCUUCACCCUCCAGAGGCUGGCACUCCUCGCAGCAUCAGUGUGAAGAGAGAGCCCCCCGGAACCCCCAAUAGAGGACUGAGUGAUGGUUGCCCUGCAUCGGGCUGCAGUCUUCAGAGUCAGACGUCAUUUGACUUUUGCAAUCCUCAAACUCCCAACCAGAGCCAGAGAGACCCUUUCCUCACCCCCAAAGAUAGCAGCCCCUUCCCUGAGCAGGACAUCUUCAGCUCUAGCCCCGGACUAAACAAGAUGGACGUGGCAGACUCCCAGUUCCAGCCGUUAGCCCUGUCUGACCCUUUGCCUUUUGACGUCCUGGGAAACCCUCUCCAAGCUCCUCUGGCAUCACCACAAGAGCAGUGUGUGCCCUGUACACUGGAUGAUGUACUCGGACCUCCCACCACACCAGAGGCGCGCAGCGACGAGAAGGCUCUGCUGGAGCAGUUGGUGUCCUUCCUCAGCGGCACAGACGAGAGUGAACUGGCAGAGCUCGACAAAGCCCUGGGCAUUGACAAACUUGUGCAGGGGGGCUGUUUCGACCCUUUGCCUCAGACCUUCCCCUCUCAGCAGCCCACUGCCACCCCUGUGCCCCUGGACCCCAAGCUGCCCUCAUACCCCUCGCAGUUCACAUCAGCUUCUCAGUUUGCUCCGGAGAUUGCAGCUGUGGGAACACCAAUCCUGAGCUUUGUUAAUCCUCGCGGGGUCUUCCCGGGUGGGACCCUCUCUAUGGGAAUGCGGCAACCCCUUAACCAACCCCCAGGGAUGGGCCCUCAGCUCAGACAGCCCCCGAACCAGCUCCGGCUCCAGCUGCAGCAGCGGCUACAGGCUCCACAGCAGAUGCAAAACCGGAUGGCAGGUUUGACCCAGUUUCUUGGCGGAGCUCCACAUGUGAACAUCGGGAUACGACAAGGAGUCCAGCCGCCACAGGUUGCUUCACAACCUCCCUUAAACGCCCAGAUGGUGGCGCAGCGUCAGCGGGAGCUCUACAGUAACCAGCACAGGCAGAGACAGCUGUUCCAGCAGAAAGUCCUCAUGAUGAGACAGAACAUGAGCGCCCCCGCUGGAGGCGUCGGGCCCAUUGCUGCCGUGCGAGUCCCUAAAGGAGCCCCAGUCACCCCACUGCAGCCUCAGCAAUUCAACUUCCCCCAAGGGUUCAGUCCCAUGACAGGGAACCCCCCUACCUCACCCAGUAGCUACAGCCCGAUGGCGGCUGGACCUCUGGACAACAAGCUGACCGCCAGAGUCCCGCUGAGCAACCAGACGCUGCUGAGCGGAGUCCCAGGACAGUUCUCCAACAACGUCACCACCAUGCAGACUGCACUGUUCCCGCAGUUUGGGAGCAGCUCUUUAGCGCAGACAGACCCAGCUUUCCCUCCUGAGAUGAGCCCGACCAGCCCAUUAUUGUCCCCUCAAAACUCCUCUUCCCAGAGUCCUCUCCAGCAGCAAGUCCCUCCCCCCAGCUACCAGUCUCCUGACAUGAAGAGCUGGCAGCAGACUGCCAUCAACAGCAACAGUCUGUUCAGUCCGACUCAGGGCUCAGGGCAGAGCUUCAGUCAGCAGGAGGUCUACAACAACAUGAGCAUCACAGUGUCUAUGGCUGGAGGCUCUGGGGGCGUGGCCUCUGUGCCUUCUUUGGGACAGCCCAUCGCCAUGAGCAACAACAAUCUUAGCGCCAUCGGCCCUGUGUGCAGUGACCAGCAGGUGCAGCAGGUGCAGGUGUUUGCGGACGUCCAGUGCACGGUGAACCUGGUGGGCAGCGACUCCUACCUGAAUCAGGGCUCCAUGGUGGGGGGCGGGGCCUCUCAGAAGGGCGCGGUCCCACCUGCCUCUCAGAACAGUCAAGCCCAACAGAAGAGCCUCCUCCAACAGCUGCUGACCGAGUGA